UUGGUACAGAAUGGUCUGGUAAAUAUACAAUUGUAUUAAACUCAGAUAAUAAAAGAUUUGGAGGCCAUGAUAGAAUAAAUGAGAGCAUACCUUAUUUUUCAACACCUGAAUCUUGGAAUGUUUAUAUUCCAUGUCAUAUUGCAUUAGUUUUAGCACGUGAUUAA